CAGCUAUAAAUCAAAGGUCCCGAACUUGGAACCCACUUCCUAUUUUCUCCUUUAUGGUGCAUUUUGGCUGCUCUACUACUUCUCUGCUUGUAAAGUUCCGUCUUCUUCUUCAGCCAUCACUGUCUGUCUCUCCUGUAGUCCUGUUUUCCCUCACAAUCGAUAUUAGAGAAAGAGCGUUUCUCUACUCUGCAAGAUCUUCAGAGCGAUCUAACGAGUUGAGCGUCGAAAAAAAACUUGAAAUAGAAUGUAUGCCGAGCCAGGGCUACUGUUCCCCUAUUUGCAGAGCUACUCCCAAGACUUCCAGCAACUCGAAGAGUACUGCAAGUACCAGGAGGACAAUGCUUCAAUGAGCAACCUGAUCUCAUCCUCAAGCAUAUCCGAAUAUGACCUUGGAGGGGAAGGGGACCUAUUCAAGGCACCUGAACUGAUCAUCGAGGAGCCAAUCAUGGGCCUUGAUCCGAUGACAGCAGCCAUUUCCAUGAUAUCUUGUGGGGAAGAAGUCCUUACUCCAUCAGGACUCAAGAUGGCUGCUGGACUUGAAGACAUUCAAAAUGAGCAGCUUCUCAGCGACGUCUUCUACGAGUGCAAGAAAGACCUCAUGGAAAUGGCUGCAGCAAUAGACUCCCCGCUCUCGGAUAUUCUGGAUAUCAAGACUCCUCUGUUGAGAACCGAAGAAAACCAUGUCCAAGACCAUGAGUUGGCCCCUGAUCUAGGGUUGUCAAAGAGUGUUAGCUCGGGGUGUCUAAGCGCAAUGGAUUGGAUCCCUGGAGGUCCGGUGAAGCCGAGUUUCCUGGACUUCCCUGGGAUUGAUUUUACUGCUGCCUAUGGGAUGCGAAGAGCAUUCAGCGAAGGUGAUAUCAAGGCUCUUGGAAAUGGAAACGUGGGACACAUCCAUUCUCCGCGUCCACUGCUCAUUAGCAGCAACUCCACUUCUGAAGCCCGGUUGGAAAAGCUUUCGAGGUACCGAAACAAGAAGAACAAGAGGAACUUUGGCAGGAAGAUCAAGUAUGCCUGCAGGAAGGCCUUAGCAGACAGCCAGCCGAGGGUCCGGGGAAGGUUCGCCAAGACCGAAGAAUCUGAUGUGAUCAAAGGACACCAGCAAUGACCAUCUCUAGCUAACCUUGCUGCUGCUGCUGCUGCUGAUGAUGAUGAAGGAACCAACCAGUUGAAAAAAGUGUAGGUAUGGAAUAGUUUUUAGUCCCUGCGAGGGGGGGAAAUCUAAGUACUAAGUAGUAGUAGUGGUAAGGGCUGCCUAAUCUGUAAUCAAUGGAGAAAAGAGAAAGAGAAGCUAAGUAUUUAGUGUUGGAAUAAACUUAAUUCCGCCCCAGCGCAGCAAGCAAGGAAAGCCAAAAAGAGAGAGUGUAGUAGUUUGAUUGAUUAUUAUCAUCCUCUGUGAUUACCUCGAAUCUGUAGUAGAAAGUUUGUAUAUAUGGUGGAUGGUGUGGAAUAAGACGACGGAGGAAGGGCAGAUUUGUAAUCAAUCUUGCUAUAUGCAUCUGUUCUAUCGUAAAGGAAUGACAAACAAUGUUCUUCUUCUCGUUUUCUUUGGGGUGAAAACAUGUUGUAAUGCAAAUAACAUGUUGUCAACAAGGAUAUACUAAAUAU